AUGACAUCCACUACCCAAAAGAAUCAUACCACUGAACAGAAUCAACAGUCCAUGGAAAACAGCAUGGAUGAUAGGCUGGAUUCAUCAUGCAAGUCGAGUCAGAGCUGGGGGCUUGAGCCCCUCACAGAAGAACAAUACCGAUCGCUCAAGUGUAUAGGUAACCAGAGAGCUGCAAACAGGAUGGUUCGGCCAAGACGUUUCAUAUAUACACGAGAAGAGAAACUUUCCGCGAUUCGCUAUUGCCGGGAGGCCAGAUCGCUAAACGUUGAAACCUCGAGAUGCCAUCCAAUUACCAUGGAAGUAGCGGCUCGAAAGCUUUUUCUCAAUGAGGUGAUGUUGAGACGGUGGAUGAAAGAAGAGGACAAGCUAGCCGCCAUGUCUCCUGGAUCUAAAAGAGCCGACAAACGUCCUCGGGUUCAGGCAAAGACACUAGCAGCACCACAAGAAGGUACAAGGGAGACAGUAUCUGGUGAUGAGGCUUCAUUCGUAGAUGGGAGCUCCGGCACCAAUCACCAAUUUUCAUACUAUUUGCAGCUAAGCCCAAGGCAGCUGAGGGAUACGUUGAGUUUGACAGCAUCUGAUCAUAGGUUGAUCCAUGUUUCGUCUAGCUCCAUACUUUACAACACCCUGUUCCCUUUGUUGGCAUUGAAGGGGGGAGGGUGGGGAAAGCUGUAUACAUUUCAAGAUGCAUAUAACUUCUUAGAUUGUCAGGAUAUCCUUCCCCACCCAGGCCAUCCUCUCCCUCCACCUGCCAUGCCUGGCUUACCAUCAAACGAGCGACCUUCGCUGAUUAUCCACGCUGAGAGCACAUACACGAGUAGGGCAAGUGAAAGCAAGGGUUCAACCCUUAGAGUUGUCGAUGUUAAUAAGCACCUUUACGAACUUGCUCCCGAAUUUGAUAUACGAGCGCCAAGUGGUUAUUACACGGGCUCCUAUGCAUCAGUUAGACCCUGUUAUGAUGAAGUUAAGCACUGUGUUGCAUUAAUUUGCCAAAGCAUAACCACUUUAAGUAGUAAGGUGACUUCAGCCCUCCCUGUGCGCAUUGAGCUGGACUAUGAUUGUCCAUAUCCCGGAGCCCCGGCUCAGUGGGCUGUACUUCUCUCUUUCGGCGACGAAGAGCUACUAUUGCCCUUGGCAUUGUCGUUGUGGGGUCCUCAGACUAUGAAUGCAUCUAGGCCAAACAUCUUAUACCUUCAAGGAUGGACAAUUGACCAUGGAAUCCGGAAAUCUCCACGACAAUGCAAAGUAAAAGUGUACUACAGCAAUAUCGAAAGACUUUUAGAGGUGUUCAAGCACAGUACUGUGCUUCACGUGAUGGAUGUUGAACCGCUCUUCUUACGGGCUGAAGAUCGCUGGCGCCCACGGAGAUAUACCAGCACAUGGACACUUUAUACGACUCCAAUCCAUGCGAACUAUGCGUGCUCUAGGUUCGACAGUCCCAUCCAAGGGAGAUUCAUGAAUAUUGAACUACUAGUGAACAACAUUCGCCGGUGGGGCUCGAGGGUUGUUUUUAAGAAGGAUACCACCCGAAAGCCUUUUCAGCUUCUGAGGCUAAGAGACUUUACAUUACAUCGGCCUACACCGCAACCGUGCGACCACCUCUACUCUCUGACAGAGAAGCUAGUCGAGGGCGUGAGGCCACAGGGCUUAAAGGAACCGUAUUCUGAUGAAGUGGAAGAUUUGACUACCACUAAAAUGGUGAAAUACGGAGAAGGCAUGCCUACAACGUCAUAUACUAUGUGGGAGCCUGGCAGAGGGAUUGAUGGUGCCCAUGAUGUAACAGAUUCCAUCGCUGAACCGGAGGAUUUUGCUGAUGUUACCGAUGCAGAGGAGGCGGACGAGGCCACACAGCAUGGUAAUAGAGGGCAUAUGAAGAAAAGGCGUCUGAACCAGCGGUCUUCAAUGCAACGUGCAGUCCUCAAAAAUUAUUCAUUGGAGCUAUACUCUGGGUAUUGCAAGCACCACUCAUCGAGGAUCACCCAAUAUGUGUCGUCAUUGAAGGCUAUGGGUGCUGAACCUCCAAUGCCACAAUGGGAGUUGAAACUUGCGGAUGAUGCAAUGACUGAUGUCAAAGCUCUUUGGACAAGUUAUCACAGGUGUCCUCAUAAUACCUGGGUCAUCGACUUUGAGUACAUCACUCUGGGUAGAGAGAUGUCUCCGAUACCACUCCAGUUUGCUAUUCGGCAGCUUGACGGCAAACUACUGCUUGCAGAGAAUGUUCACUAUGGCCUGUCUCUUGAAAAUUUCCUUGCCAAACUAAACAAUUGGGAAAUUACGGACAGACGCGUACAACUUCUAUUUACACGUUGCUAUGGUGACAUCAUGACGAAUGGAUUGAGGCCAGAUGAGAUCCGGGACGAAAUAGUCCAUAAGCUGAACUACAGUGCAGAAAGAAUUAGUAUCAUUUCAUGGUACAGUCAGCAGGAUAUGCAAUGCUUCCAAAGGUUGCUCUCAGGAAGUCGAGAGCUAAUAGUUCCUAAAGAAAGCCACCAUUUAUGCUCAAACUUUCAGAACAUUGACGUGGGAAGACUGCUGAAGAAGCUUCUCCCUAGGGCCUGGCCCUCUCUGUCUUUGUCCGUGGUGCACAGGAGCCUUCUUGCAAGGCACGGAAGAUCCGGAGACAAGGGUGAGUAUCACACUGCAGCUUACGACACAGAGGCCGUUACAGAUAUAGUCAAAGAGAUAACAACGUUAAUAGAAUGA